AUGAAAAGAAAAUGUAUCACUAGUGAAAAAAUAGCUAAAGACUUUGCUGAUAAAUUGACAAUGAUGGCAUCAAUGUCUAUGGUUAGCAUGACUAUUGCUUUAGCAACGGAAUUGAAAGUAUUUCAAGUACUAGCAUCUAUAUCAUCUAAAGAACAUCCUGUUACAGCGGAAGAAGUUGCAUUGGAAGGAAAUUACAAAGCAAGAUACAUUCAAGAAAUUCUUUCAACACUUGCUUGCGGUGAUAUUAUUGAGGUUACUGAAUGUGGAAGAAUGUUUUGGAUAGGAGAAGAGAAGAAAUGUAUUCUUAGUCAUCCAAAUUCUAUUGCACCAUUGACCCUUUUUCCGCAAUUACCAAUAUUUGGUAAAGUAUAUAAUGAUAUCAAGGAUGUUUGUAUGAAAGAUGGUCCACUUGGAAUGCAAUAUUCAUCUUAUGAAAACUUUUAUGCUAAUAUGUCUGCAUUCAGUGAAGCAUUACAUAAGAAACACCUUAAACCCAGUAUUGUUCCACUCUCUGAAAUGGAUGAAAAAUUAGGCAGUGAACAAAAAAUGGAAUGUCUUGAUGUAGGUUGUGGAGAUGGUUUUCAUGUCAUUGAAUUAGCCCACCUUUAUCCUAAUUCUAAUUUUACUGGAGUUGAUAUUACAAAACAUGCUAUUGAAAUUGCAGAAGAUAAAUUGACUCAUGAAAACAAUAAAUCCUUAAAAAAUGCUACAUUUAUUAAUAUGAAUGGUGCACAAUUAAAGGAAGAAUGGACUAAUAAAUUUGAUUGGAUUACAAUUUUUGAUGCUUGUCAUGAUCAAUGUAGACCAGAUUUAACUUUAAAAGAAAUUCAGAGAUGUUUAAAACCAGAUGGAAUAUUUACUAUGGUUGAAGUAAAAGGUACUUCCAAUUGCUAUAAUGAUAAAAAAUUAAAUCCAGUUGGAUCAGCACUACUUUAUGGAAUAUCUCUUUUUCAUUGCCUUCCAGUAGGUAAUAGUACAAAAGAUGCUUUAGGUCUUGGAGCUAUGUGGGGUUAUGAAAAAGCACUUAAAAUGUUAAAAGAAGCAGGAUUUUCUAAAGUUGAAAUUGUUCCAACACCAUUCCUUCCAAUUAACAUAAUGUACAAAUGUAGAAAGUAA